AGAUAUAACCCUCUGCUAUGGCUGCUGUAAAUACCAAUCCCAAGAGUAACUGAAGGAAGAGUUAAAGUGAGGCGUUGGGAAGACAAAAUGGAUGUUUAUUUCCCACAGAGUACAGACCUGCCUUUUCUCCUGGAAAAUACAUCUGAACUGCUAGCACCCAAUGCUUCCUUAGACGGCAGUGAAGGAAGAAUUAUAGAAGAUUUGGGAAGCAGCCGGGUAAUUGCUUCAGUUUACUUUGUAGUCUGCCUUGUUGGUUUGAUGGGAAACACACUAGUAAUUUAUGUCAUCCUGUGUCAUGCCAAGAUGAAAACCAUUACCAACACGUACAUUUUCAACCUGGCAGUAGCUGACGAACUUUUCAUGCUAGGUCUCCCAUUUCUCGCCAUACAAGUAGGAACAGCAAACUGGCCAUUUGGACGGGUGAUGUGCAGGGUAGUCAUGAGUGUGGAUGGCAUCAACCAGUUCACCAGCAUCUUCUGUCUGACUGUUAUGAGUGCAGAUCGAUACUGUGCAGUGGUUCAGCCUCUGAAAUCCUCCAGGUGGAGGAAACCACUGAUCGCCAAACUAACCAGUGCUGGUAUCUGGGUACUGUCCCUACUGGUCAUUUUGCCAAUCCUAAUCUUCUCUGAUGUCCAAAUGUAUGGUGAAAGGACCAGUUGCACUAUCGUUUGGCCAGCCCCAUUUGAGGACUGGUACACCGCUUUUGUCAUUUAUACGUUUACGCUGGGCUUCUUCAUCCCUCUGAGUAUCAUCUGCAUUUGUUACCUUCUCAUCAUUACUAAGGUGAAGUCAUCCAUGGUCCGAACAGGUUCCAAGAGAUGUAGAAAGUCAGAAAGAAAGGUCACAAAAAUGGUAUCUUCCGUGGUAAUGGUUUUCGUUGUCUGUUGGCUCCCCUUUUAUAUCUUCAACCUGCUACCGCUGUUAACCAUCUUGGUGCCAACUCCUACCUUGAAGGGGGUUUAUGAGUUUGUUGUGGCACUCUCCUAUGCUAACAGCUGUGCCAAUCCUAUCCUCUAUGCAUUCUUGUCUGACAACUUCCGCAGGAGCUUCCUAAAUGUUCUGCAUCUCCAAGGGAAAUGGAAGCCUGGUCUUCAAGGAGACAGCCGAAUGCAGAGUUCGAGAUUGCCACAAACAACAGACACGCAACGUACAUUUCUUUAUAGUGAGCUGCAAACUAGCAUCUGAAGAACAUGAAUACAGAAGAGAAGUGCUAGUCAGGGUUCAUGGGAUAAGACACUUUCUGUUCUCUGCUAUUCAUUCUGAUCCAUUACCAUCUAACGGCCUAAUAUUGCCCUCUUGCUUUACUCAACAGUAUUUGCUGUAGGUCUUUAUCCAUUCUCUGUCAUCCACUUUUCUGUUCCAUCAGCUUUUUCUUCUCUGUUAAUAAUUUUCAAUUAAUUUGUUAAUGCCUCUAUGUGUAUUUCUUGUUUUUUUUUUUUUUCUAAAUGUUUAUCCUACAUUAUUUUUUCCUCUUUCUUAUUUCAUUUGAGGCUCUUUCUCAGUAAUAUUUUCUGUUGUGAAUCUUUACUGGUUCAAACAUUUUCUUCUU